AUGGCCCACAAGAGUACCGCUUCCAAGGGUCCUGCCUCGUCCGCCGGAGCGACGGGCGGCAAGGCGCCGCAGAAGACGGCCAAGAAGGCCAUCAAGAGCACCGACGGAGGUGAGAAGAAGAAGCGCAAGAGGACUCGCAAGGAGACCUACUCCUCGUACAUCUACAAGGUCCUCAAGCAGGUCCACCCCGACACGGGCAUCUCGAACAAGGCGAUGCUCAUCCUCAACUCGUUCGUCAACGACAUCUUUGAGCGCAUCGCCACCGAGGCGUCGAAGCUCGCCCAGUACAACAAGAAGGCGACCAUCUCGUCGCGCGAGAUCCAGACGGCCGUCCGCCUCAUCCUCCCCGGAGAGCUCUCGAAGCACGCCAUCUCGGAGGGCACCAAAGCCGUCACGAAGUUCUCGAGCAACAAGUGA